CCCGAGGCCAUGGGGCCUCCCCUCGGGCGUUUGCUCUCGAGUCUUCGUGACCCCGGGGAUUUAGGGAGACACGAGCGGUGAGGGAGCCCGGAAUGGUUCUUUCGCGGAACCACUGAGGCGAGGCCUCAGGGAGCCCCUUGACGGACGGACCGUGGCGGGCCCAGCUAGGCGGGCAGGGAUGGCGACGGAGGCGGCUGACGCGGGGCCGGGGGCUGCGGUCCCCGUGGACCUGCGGCGCGAGCGGCGUAUGGUGUGUGUGGAGUACCCGGGCGUGGUGCGCGACGUCGCCAAGAUGCUGCAGACUCUGGGUGGCGAGGAAGGCGUCUCCCGGAUCUACGCAGACCCCACUAAGAGGCUGGAGCUGUACUUCCGGCCCAAGGACCCAUACUGCCAUCCAGUGUGUGCCAACCGCUUCAGUACCAGCAGCCUGCUGCUUCGGAUCAGGAAGAAAACCAGGCAGCGGAGGGGGAUGCUGGGCACCGAGGCCCACCCUGAGGUCACAUUGGACAUGGAGAUCGUUGGCAUCAUCUCUACUAUUUACAAAUUUCAGGGAAUGUCCGACUUCCAGUACUUGGCUGUGCACACAGACACAGGUGGCAGGUACAUGUCCAUGUAUGACAAAGUGCUCAUGCUCAAGCCCGAGAAGGAGAGUUUCUUCCACCAGGAGCUGCCACUCUACAUCCCCCCACCCAUCUUUUCCCGGCUGGACACCCCAGCAGACUACUUCUAUCGGCCAGAGACACAGCACCGGGAAGGCUACAACAACCCCACUAUCUCAGGCGAGAACCUGAUUGGCCUGAGCAGGGCCCGGCGCCCCCACAACGCCAUCUUUGUCAACUUUGAGGAUGAGGUGCCCUUGCGGCCGCUGGAGGCUGCGGUCCAGACGUGGAAAAGAGUCUGCACCAACCCCUUGGAUCGGAAAGUGGAGGAGGAGCUGAGGAAGCUCUUUGACAUCCGACCCAUCUGGUCCCGGAACGCCAUCAAGGCCAACAUGAGUGUCCACCCCGACAAGCUCAAGAUCUUGCUUCCCUUCAUGGCCUAUUACAUGAUCACAGGCCCCUGGAGAAGCCUGUGGAUUCGAUAUGGGUACGACCCCCGAAAAAACCCAGAAGCCAAGAUCUAUCAAGUCCUUGAUUUCCGAAUCCGUUGUGGAAUGAAAUAUGGUUACGCCACCAGUGACAUGCCUGUCAAAGCCAAACGCAGCACCUACAACUACAGCCUCCCUGUCACCGUCAGAAAGAUGCCCGGCCAGCUCGUUACCAUGCAUGAUCUGAAGCAGGGCUUGGGCCCGUCGGGGACGGCCAGUGCACGGAAAUCAACCCCCAACAAGUACAAGCUGAAGGACUCGGUCUACAUCUUCCGGGAGGGGGCCCUGCCACCCUAUCGACAGAUGUUCUACCAGUUAUGUGAUCUGAACGUGGAAGAGUUGCAGAAGAUCAUUCACCGCAAUGACGGGGCGGAGAAUUUGUGCACAGAGCGGGAUGGGUGGUGCCUCCCCAAGACCAGCGACAACCUGAGAAACGCCAUGUCCCUCCUGAUCCGGCAGACCAUCCGCUCCAAGAGGCCUGCUCUCUUCUCCAGCCCGGCCAAGGCUGGCAGUGAGAAGGAGCAGCUGACCUACGAGUCUGGGGACGAUGAGGAGGAGGAGGAUGAAGAGGAAGAGGAGGACUUCAAGCCGUCAGAUGGGAGUGAGAACGAGAUGGAGACGGAGAUUCUGGACUAUGUGUGAUGGGCCCCGGGCCCAAGGCUGGCCCUCCCUGACUAGGCAAGACUGGUGUCUGGUCUGUGCCACCCACAGUAGCCAGAAUGGCCCUUGGAGGCCCCUCUGAGGACAGCUGGGGUCUCAUUAAAGGGUGCAACUGACCCUGGCCCUGGCUGUGACCUGCAGCUUGUUGCUGCCAUCUGGCCGUGGGUGGUGGGGACAUCCCCAAAGGUGCCCUGGCUCUGCCCACCCAUGACCCAGCGCAGUAUCCAGCAGGCUGAGCCAGCGCCCACCACCUCUCGGAGACCAGCGACAGCUGGAGGUGGAGAUGAUGCCACUGGGGGUGAGGCUGGUCCUGGUGUGGGUCUUGUGACUCUGGUGGCAGAGAUGGUAAGAGAAGCCUGGUCUGUGGUCACAGAUGGCCAAAGACUGUCCUGGAAUUCCCAAUGGAAUUGUCUUUAUUAAAUCAAUUUCUGCAGGA